CGGGGCCGCUACAUCCGGGCUGCGGCGCCGGGGGCCUCGCGUGACAUUGGGCCUCGGCGGCUGACGGGGGGACGGAGCCUGGGACGGAGCGAGACCUUCGCCUGCGUCCGCUGCCACCAUGUUUCGCGUUAUUGUGACCCACGCCAAGAAGCAUCCCAGUUUGAUUCCUCUGUUUUUGAUUAUUGGAUCUGGAGGCAUUGGUGCCGGCCUGUAUCUCAUGCGUUUGGCAAUGUUCAACCCUGAUGUCUGCUGGGACAAGAAAAAUAAUCCAGAACCAUGGAACAAACUGUCUCCCAGUGACCAGUACAAGUUCUACUCUGUUAAUGUAGACUACAGUAGACUGAAAAAGGAUCGUCCUGACUUCUAAAAAACAAACUCAUCUCCAUGGCUGCACAGAAAGGUCUUCCGGAAGCCGUCCGCACAAUUGUCAUGCUUAAUCAUCCAGGAAAUAAUCAAACUUGCCUCAUGCUGCACUUGGUCACAUGUUCGAAAAUUUUUCAAUGAGGCUUAAUAAAUAUCUGAAACUUGAA